GGCCGUUCCCUGAGCCAGAAAUGUAAAAAUACCCCAAUAAUUAUCCUAUUUUUCUAAGAAACGGUGAUAUUUGUAGACGUGGGAAAAAUAAAUAUAAUUCUUGAUUAUAUUAUCUUUAAUAACACAGCUUUCGAUACACGAUUCAUAACACUUCGCUCGAUACAAUUUAUUCCCAAAGUAACCUCCAAUUCGAAUUUUUACUCCAACUUUACUCGUUUCUUUACUAUGUGACACUAUGAAACAAAAAAGGAGAAAAAUCAAUCAUAAGUAUAACAGUAAUUUGACAGCUUUAGAAAAACGAUAAUUAGAGGCAAUAUUUUUAAAAUAAAUAAACAUCAACUAAUUCUAUCGUAACAAAAUAUCGACUCCGGCCUGCAUGCUCUAUCUCCGUCCGUCUUUCGAAAUGAGACAGUGAUGGCUGAGCGCUCGUGCCAGACGGACCUGUACUAGGUGUCCCCAAAACAAAUAUAAGAUUUACUUAUAAAAACUGUGCUGUGUUGUGUGUCCUAGUGAUAUACCGUGUGCACCAAAACCUUUAAGUUAUAAUGGGUAACAAGCAAUUGAAUAAAAAGAAGACAUCUCGAAAAAGACAACUCGGAAGAUUCCAACAAACAAUGGAACUAACGAAAAGAAGAAAAUUGGAUAAUUUCACAGCCGAACAUGAUACUAUAUCUUUAGACUACAUCGAACUGCAAAAUAUGGAAAUGGAAUCUCCGAUUUCAUCAACCACUGACAUUCAAAGUAACGAUGAGGCGACCGGCUCAAACAUUUUGAACCCACGCAUUGCACAGGUGGAUGACAUUUAUCGGGUUCCUAGUAUAUUAGAGGAAGAAGAUACCCAUGAGGUAGGUGAUUCAUGCUAA